GCGUUUGUGGGACCAUCUCUGAGUUGCAUGCCGCCUUCUCUUUAUCCGGGGGCUCGAGUUGCGGUCCUGAUCAAGUCUUAAGUGCGGGCUUGGAGCUUUCCCCGGAGUUGGGGUGUCUGCUGAUGCGUCUGGGUUGAGGAGUGUGAGCCCGCGAGUGGGCCCAGAUGGGAGAACCCCGGGCUGGGGCCCCCCUGGACGAUGGCAGCGCCUGGACAGGAAGUGAGGAAGGAAGUGAGGAGGGUACCGGUGGCAGCGAGGGGGCUGGGGGAGAUGGAGGCCCAGAUGCCGAGGGCGUCUGGAGUCCGGACAUCGAGCAGAGCUUCCAGGAGGCCCUGGCCAUCUACCCGCCGUGCGGCCGGCGGAAAAUCAUCUUGUCUGAUGAAGGCAAGAUGUACGGUCGGAAUGAACUGAUUGCCCGCUACAUCAAGCUGAGGACGGGGAAGACUCGAACUCGCAAACAGGUCUCUAGUCACAUCCAGGUUUUGGCCCGAAGGAAAUCGAGGGAAAUCCAGUCCAAGCUCAAGGCCCUGAAUGUGGACCAGGUUUCCAAGGAUAAGGCGUUCCAGACAAUGGCCACCAUGUCCUCGGCCCAGCUCAUCUCGGCCCCUUCCCUGCAGGCCAAACUGGGUCCCGCCGGUCCUCAGGCCUCUGAGCUUUUCCAGUUUUGGUCAGGGAGCUCCGGGACCCCCUGGAAUGUUCCAGAUGUGAAGCCAUUCUCCCAGACACCGUUCUCCUUGUCACUGACUCCCCCAUCUACUGACCUCCCAGGGUACGAGCCCCCCCAAGCCCUCUCACCCCCUGCCCUGCCCCCACCAGCCCCAUCACCCCCAGCCUGGCAGGCUCGGGCCCUGGGCACUGCCCGGUUACAGCUGGUGGAAUUCUCAGCCUUUGUGGAACCCCCGGAUGCAGUUGACUCUUACCAGAGGCACCUGUUCGUCCACAUCAGCCAGCACUGCCCCAGCCCUGGAGCGCCCCCCCUCGAGAGUGUGGACGUCCGGCAGAUCUAUGACAAAUUCCCUGAAAAAAAGGGGGGUCUGCGGGAGCUGUAUGACCGCGGGCCCCCCCAUGCCUUCUUCCUGGUCAAGUUUUGGGCGGACCUGAACUGGGGUCCGAGUGGCGAGGAGGUCGGGGCUGGCGGCAGCAGCGGUGGCUUCUACGGCGUGAGCAGCCAGUACGAGAGCCUGGAGCACAUGACGCUCACCUGCUCCUCCAAGGUCUGCUCCUUCGGCAAGCAGGUGGUGGAGAAGGUGGAGACGGAGCGUGCUCAGCUAGAAGACGGGAGGUUCGUGUACCGCCUGCUGCGCUCGCCCAUGUGCGAGUACCUAGUGAAUUUCUUGCACAAGCUACGGCAGCUGCCCGAGCGCUAUAUGAUGAACAGCGUGCUGGAGAACUUCACCAUCCUCCAGGUGGUGACGAACAGAGACACCCAGGAGCUGCUGCUGUGCACUGCCUACGUCUUUGAAGUCUCCACCAGCGAGCGAGGGGCCCAGCACCACAUCUACCGCCUGGUCAGGGACUGAAAAGGGGGACCCCGGAAGCCACUCACCCCCGGAAUACCCUCCUCCCAGGAAGGACCUCCAGCUUUCCUCAGGCUUCUUAUUUUGGGGGGGGGGCUGCUCCCUAGUAGGAAGGGACCUUGAAAGCUGGGUGUUGAGUUGAAUGGGCAGGGACUGAGAGGAAAGGAGGGAUCCAUCCUGAUAUGGGGACCUCGCAGGGGUGUGUGAAAGGGACAGAUCAGUCUGUCCAUCCAUCCCAGACUGGGGACAGGAGCAUCCCUGAGGGGACAGCACUGGUUUCUGAGUCUCUACCAGGUGCCCUCCCCCCAGCGUUCUGGUUCUGGAUGCGUUGGAGGGACCUCAUUACAGAUUGGCUUGUCCUCUCUGUUUUUCAGCCCCUCGCCCCCGCCCCAAUCGGCUUCUCCUUCCCACCCUCAUACCCUGUGACCCUGAUGUUGAAUAUUGAAGGUUAAUCCUUUCUGUGCAGGAGCAGAGCCAGCCGGGCCCUCGAAAUGUUUUUCUUGUGUGUGUUUUUUUUAAAAAUAUAACAAGAUAUUUAUAAAUGGUGUUAGAAUCAUGCCCUGUUUCUCAGCUGGGCGAUCAGUGGGGUGAGGCUUGUCAAUGUCAUCCCCUCUUCGACAUGAGCCACGGGUCACUGUAUUGUCCACCCGCCCCACCCCGCACCCCCCCACCUCCCACCCCCAAAUUGUAUUGGUUUGUGU